UUUAAGAGGAGCUGUCGGUGGGUCUGGGGGGGGGGGGGUGCAGUCCCUCUCAGCUGAGAAUAGACGGUGACUGAGUUUGUCCUUGAGACAUGUCAGCCCGAGGCUUCAGCGUCCACACAGCCCGGGACAGUCCGAGACCUUAGCCCGUCUGUCCGCCAGCAUGUGGGCCGUGCUAGUCCGAGCCGGGUUCCGGUCAGGUGUGGUGAAGCCGUGUCGCCUGCUCAGAUCGGUGACACAGGUCCCAGAAAGGUCCCUGGUGCACCAGGAGAAUUUGCCCAAACUGCCCGUGCCGCCCUUGAAGCAGACAUGCGAGCACUACCUGGCCUCUCUGGAGCCCAUUGUCAGCCAGGAGGAGCUGGAACACACCCAGGAGCUGGUGGCGGAGUUCCUAAAGGGUGGUGUGGGAGAAAGGCUGCAGAAAGGCCUGGAGCGACGGGCACGCAAGACAGAAAACUGGCUCUCAGAAUGGUGGAUGCAGUCGGCCUAUCUGGACUGCCGUAUGCCGGUGGCGGUCUACACCAGCCCCGGGGUUGUCCUGCCACGAAUGCGCUUCCACGAUCGCCAAGGACAGAUGAGAUUUGCUGCCAGACUGAUCACAGGAGUUCUGGACUUUAAAAAAAUGAUUGACACUGACACCCUGCCUGUGGAGUACCUGAGUGGCAAGCCGCUGUGCAUGGAUCAGUACUACCAGAUAUUGUCCUCCUGUCGUGUCCCCGGCCCAAAGAGAGACACUGUUGUAAACCACACCAUCGGGAAAACACCUCCCACUCACAUCACUGUGGUCCACAACUUCCAGUUCUUUGUCUUGGACGUUUACAACAGCGAUGGCACGACACUGACAGUAGACCAGAUCUACAUGCAGCUGGAGAAGAUCUGGAACUCGUCUUUGCAAACAAACAAAGAGCCGAUUGGCAUCCUUACAUCACAGCACCGCAACACCUGGGGAAAAGCCUACAACAACCUGAUCAAGGAUAAGACGAAUAAGGAGUCAGUGCGUGCCAUCCAGAAAAGUAUCUUCACCGUUUGCUUGGACGCCCCAAUGCCGCGCGUAUCAGAUGAGCUGUAUCAGAGCCGUGUGGCGGCGCAGAUGCUACAUGGAGGAGGAGCUCGAUGGAACAGCGGCAACCGCUGGUUUGAUAAAACAUUGCAGUUCAUAGUUGGUGAAGACGGUACGUGUGGACUGGUGUACGAACAUGCACCCGCUGAGGGUCCACCCAUCGUGUUCCUCGUGGACUACGUUGUUAAAUACAUGCAGAAGACUGAAAUUGUCCGCUCCCCCAUGGUUCCCCUGCAGAUGCCUCAGAAGCUGCGUUUUAACAUAACACCUGAAGUCAAGAGAGACAUUGAGAAAGCCAAACAAAAUAUGAACAUAAUGGUGCACGACUUAGAUGUGAAGGUGCUUAUGUUUUCUCAUUUUGGAAAAAAUGUGCCAAAGCAACAUAAGCUGAGUCCAGAUGCUUUUGUGCAAAUGGCUCUUCAGCUUGCCUACUUCAGGAUGUAUAAUACCUGCUGCUCCACAUAUGAGAGUGCAUCGCUACGAAUGUUUAAAUAUGGCCGAACGGAUGCCAUCCGUUCAACCACUGUUGAGUCGUUUAAAUUUGUCCAGGCAAUGCAAGAACCAGCUAAACAGAACACAGAGACGCUGGAGCUGCUGCGGAAGGCUGUUCAGACACACAAGGACAACACGUACAAAGCGAUUCAUGGACAAGCCACAGACAGACACCUCCUUGGGCUGAAGAUCCAGGGUAUCGAAGACCUGACCUCCAUGCCUGAGAUAUUCAUGGACACAUCUUUUGCUGUGGCUCAGCAUUAUAAUCUCUCCACCAGCCAGGUUGGCUCCAAGACAGAUUGCGUGAUGUGCUUUGGUCCAGUGGUGCCAGAUGGCUAUGGAGUGUGUUACAAUCCCAUGGAUGAGCACAUCAACAUCGCCAUCACAGCCUUCAACAGCUGUGAGGAGACAAACGCUGCCAAGUUUGCCCAGGCUGUAGAGGAGGCUCUUUUGGACAUGAGGGCACUGCUGGAAGACACGGCGAAAACCGAGCAGUGAUCCCGCACGGGAGCCUGCCGUGGUGUUUGUGUCUCACUGCGGCAUAGAGGAGCUCGAACUGAGUCGCUGGCAGAGCGCCGCACUGGCAUCAACUCACAAUGUACUGAGUGUGUUGGAGCUGAGGGGGAAACCUGUUAACGAAGGAUUGUGGGAAGACAGUGGGAAUGUGUGACUGUUAUACACUGCUUUUGAAAGGAGAAUUAAAUCUCUAUGAUGGGAAUUCUAUAUUUUAAUAUAUUGUGUUAUAUACAUUUAAAAUUUAAAUGGA